AUGGAAUUUAUACAACAAAAAACAACUUCUUCUUCUUCUUCUUCUUCUUCUUCUUCUUCUUCUUCUUCUUCUUCUUCUUCUUCUAUCACUGAAGUUAAGCAGCGUCGAGCCUGGUUUUUUUUUUCUUUCAUUAUAAUAUUUGUUCUUUCACACUUUCCUCAUUUUUCUUCUUUAUUUUUCUUUCCUCACUUUUUCAUGAUUCGUCUGGGUUUUUAUUUUAUUUUUCCUUCUUUCUCUAUUUUUCGUUUUUCGAUUCUUUUUUCACGUUUCCUUUUUUACUUUGUUUUUUAUAUCGUUUUCAGAUAUUUUUUUACUGUUUUUCUUUUUUUCACCUUUUUCUUUACUUUAUUCUUUUUUGUUCUUCAAUUAUUUUUUUUCUGUUUUCCUUUGUCUUCGCCAUUUUCUUUUGAUUGGUUUCGAGUCUUUUUCUUUAACUUUUCUUUAUUUUUAUUUUUCCUUUUUAUUUCUACUUCUUCGGUUAUUAUUUCCUGUUUUUCUUCAUUUUUUUUCAUCCCUAUUUUUCUUUUUCUUUCUUUCUUUCCUGACGUUUAUUUCUUCUCUCUUUCAUAA